AUGAAUACGAAAGCGAAGCCAAACAUCUGGCUGACGCCGAUUCCGUCCGGAGUGCCCACGAAUCGGGUCUUCGUAUCUUUCAAAGUGUCCGAUCUGGACCGCGGAAAACCACCGAACGAAGUGAUCCGAGUGGAGGAGGACCUCGUCGUCUCCUUCAUUUCCGUAAAUUCGUUCUUCAACGGAUUGAUCAUGGGCGACAUUCUCACAAAGGUCAAUCACAGAUCGGACAGAGCCAGAUGUCUGCAGGAGUUGCUCAGUGGAGAGAGGUGCACGGUUGAGCUGAUGAGAAGAAAAGGGGCGGUGCCGGUGACGAAAGAACGCAUGAUCCGAUCUGGAAACGGAAUCCGACGGGGACACGCCUGCUUCAUUCUCGACAUUGAAAGGGUUCGUAUUCAUUUCAUCGUAAACCCAUCUCAUGGCUCUUUUUCAGCCGGCUAACAUGUUCACCACGGCUAUCGGACUCAAGCUUCUCAUCAAAAGAGAGCGUGCGUUCAUCACGAAAGUCGAUUCGAACACCAUCUGUGCCACGUACUUCGACCGCGGCGACGUCAUUCUCGACCUGAACGGACAAGCGAUUCCGAUCAACGAAUCGCCGGAUAACUUCAUUCGCGAGCACCUCGGAAAACUGGCGACGGGACAUAAGGUCUCAUUUUUGGUCGAGAGACCGGUCUCUUUGGAUCAAGCAAAAGAGUACCAGAAGUUUAUCGAUUCGGUCACUUUUGAUGAGAGCAAGAAGAUCAAAAUGGCACCGGACGUGGUUGAGAUCGGAAGAGUUAGUGCCAUGCCCUCAAACCCCCUUAACGAUCCAAUUCCUUUGCAGGAGGCUAGCAACAUGCACUUCCUCGUUCUUCGGAAAAUGACGACUCCGAGCAUUCUGUCGUCGGACGUUCGUAAAGGAAAACGGCCGGUUACCCCGAAGACGAGCGAUGCGAGCGAGAGUGCGAUCAGCAUUUCGACGGCUUCCACCGAGAUGAAAAUUACUUCGGACGCCGAGGAUUUCGACGAUCUGAAGCCCGUGGUGACGAAGAGUCACGCGGCCGGAACCUCUUCCAGUGACGACGGCGCUUUCGACGAUGAAUAAAUGAUUGAUCUCUUUCCAAUCAUUUUAGUGCAAAAGUUGUUGUUUUUCUCACGUUAUCGUAACCUUUCCCGACUCGGCCAUGAUCAUUCUCGAUGUUUCUUUCGUCAUUCUCUUCAGAAUUCUCUCCGAUCAUACAAAAUGCCACCGAAAACUACCGUGAUCUUCAAAGUUCGAUUGUUCCAGGAGCGAGUCCAAGCCCAAAUUCGAAAAAAGAUUAGGGACGGCUAGAAAGCGUCCGAGUCAGACGGUGAGUGAAAAGAGACUCUAUCACUCUAGCAAAGUUCCUAUUCUUCAGAAUCUGGUGGCUUCCCCCGACAACAGCUUUCUUAAGGCCAAAAAGGAUGCGAGUGUCAUGCAAUCUAUCGAGCUAGACGCUCCCGAUCUUCCGCCCGCCAACCAGAAGCGCGCUCCCGUUGCUCCGACGCAAAUGCAGAGUGGACAAGUGCAGAAGCCGAAGGAGCCCGCGACGAUGAUGCUGCCGCCGGCGAUGCUUCCACCUCCGCCUUCCCAGCAACAGCCGAUGGCUCAGUACGGCCAGAUUCCGGUGGGCCUCCAGCAGAGCCAGGCAGCCGCUCCUGCUCAAUAUCAGGUGGCACAGAUGGCCGCAGUGACCAAUCAGCCGCCGAUGCCUCCUGCGGAAUCCUUGGGUGUUCCGAUCAAGAAAGACAAGCAGAGUAGAGAGAAAGAUGAAGUGUCGAUGGACAGUGUGCCUGUAGAAGAGGUGGGGAAUCGGUCCGUUCUGGAAGAUUUCCAAUAAAUUUGUUCAGAAAGAAAGCGGAAGCCAUCAAUCUGUGGAUCCGUCUAGUUCUGGCGAACGGAGUAGAGGAGGGCCUGAAAAAAGAGUACCGCGAUUCCGCAAACGAUGCGAUAAUGGACAGAGCUCUGGUUCUUCUUGCACGAGAACCUCGUCAGCUCGGGCCCCAAUCCGCGUCACUUCAUUUUCACGCAAGCGCCUCUUGUCGGGACCAUUGGGAAGUUCUGGAAAAUGGUCAUUGUCUCCGUACGACCAGGCAUUCUCCAUCUCUUCUCACUGUUUCAAUUCAGGGCCUCGAAUACAUUGUGAUGCUCUGUGAGCUCGUCGAGAAGGUCUGCUCAGCACGUCUGCUCAGCACUUUCAAGAACAGUGCGAAGCCGAUUGUGGUCCACUGCUCGGCCGGGGACGGAAGAACGGGCACGCUGGUGCUCAUUCUGAUCAUUCUGGAAGUGAGUUUUUUUAAAUGAAAUGGCGCAUUGGUCCCAAGUUGCAGUCCCUCCGCCUCGCCGAUUUCAUCGGAGUUCCCCGUCUUCUCACCAAACUUCGCGAGGAACGUUUCAAAUCGAUUCAGAGGGAAAUGCAGUACUUCUACGUGCAUCGGUGCAUUCUGGAGUACUUUAUGCUGAAAAAGUACGUGGUGCCGAAGAAAGAAUUCGCCAAGUUCUCGAAGGAGUACGACACGGCCGUGGAGAAGUGCGAGAAGGCCGGCGGAGGUGGAGAAUGUGCGGACAAACUGACUCUUUCCGAAUCUUUUGCUUUGCAUUUCUUGUACACCCAUUUCCAUUUCUCUCUCAAAAUAGAGUAGAGUUUCUAUUGAAAAAGUGCAACAACAUGCCGUUUCGGCACUCUGCCUAUGACGUGAACUCAGCUGGGGGAAAAAAAUGAAAACGGUAUUGUGCAGAGAGAAAAGUAUUUAUUUUGCAAUAAGAAAACUAUGAGCGGAAUUGAAUUCGAGGCUCGCAUGAAACCGGGGACGCCCGAGGAAGAGAAGAAGGUGAGCGAUCGCAAGGAUCGGAAAGACGGGGAGUUUCAGCUGCACAAAUGGCUCGAAUCGAUCAUUUUUCGCUACUUCCACAUCUGGUCGCCUGUCAAUUGUCAGGAUUUGCUCAAAAGAUACGAGAUCUACGAACUGUGCUUGCGAGCGAGAGAGAUAUUCUGGUCGCAGCCAGUCUACAGACAUGUGAGCAGCGAAUUGAGCUUUCGAAUAGAAAAGGUUCCUCUCUUCAGGUCGAAGUUCCAGUCACAAUUGUGGGCGACAUUCACGGACAAUUCGAGGAUCUGAAGAUGAUGUUCGACAUGAAUGGAUGGCCGUUUAGCGAGGAAGAAGCGAAGGAAAUGUGCCGGAACCUGCUGACGAAGGGGAAGAAGGACGUGAAAGUGACACUCCCGGCGACCCUCGGAUCGGGAACUGACCGUCAAGUCGGACCCAAGAACUACCUGUUCCUCGGCGAUUACGUUGACCGCGGGCCGUACUCGAUCGAAGUCGUCCUCAUGCUCUUCGCAAUGCACCUCCGCUGGCCGGAAAGGGUCACUCUGCUCCGCGGAAACCACGAGUCUCGCCCCGUCAAUCGAUCCUACGGAUUCUUCGGAGAGUGCUCCCGUCGCUACAGUGAGCGAAUCUACGAAGUGUUUCAGUUGGCGUUCAACACGAUGCCGUUGACUGCGUUCGUCAACAAAAGAAUCAUGUGCAUGCACGGUGGUAUUUCGGAGGAACUCUACGAUAUCAGACAGCUCGAUGCUCUCAAACGUCCGCUCGAUACUCCGGAUGUCGGAAUCAUUGCUGAUUUGACGUGGGCGGACCCGGAACCCGAGAUCGACUUUUACAAGGACUCGCCGCGUGGCGCUGGAAAGAUCUUCGGUGCGAAGGCUGUCGACGACUUCUGCAAGCACUUCCAGCUGGAUCUGAUCGUCCGAGCUCAUCAGGUUGUGCAGGAUGGAUACGAAUUCUUCGCUGACAAACAACUCGUCACAAUUUUCUCAGCGCCAUUCUACUGUGCUCAGACCAACAAUAUCGCUUCUAUGCUGAACGUUGACAAGGAUAUGGUGAGAAACGAGCCAAGGACUCUGCGGGAAUGUGCUCUUUUCAGGUUGCUUCGUUCAUGCUCGUCAAACCAGUUCAGGAGAUCAAGGAGAACUUAAAUGUGGGAGAGAAGGCUGAAAAAGAGAAUUGA